GUGACACCAAAGCUGCAGAACAAGGUUGCGAAUUGUCCCCUCUGACAACAAUGAGCUUCCGAAAAUACGACCCCCCGAGCCCUCUUUCUUCUCCUUACCCGCUACAGACUGAGAAGAUAAGUUCCCACAAACGGGCACGUAUGGUCCGUCUGCCCCAGCAGGGCCCUUUCCGGCACCUUAUGGACCUGAAGACAGAGAAGAGGCUGGCAGGGUGGAAGGAACGCCGUAGCCGAUUUGGUGACAUCAACAUGCACAAGUGCUAUCAGUUCGGGCAGGUCUUCUCGCCUUUCCAGGCUCUGGCCACCACAGAGAUGCGAAGGUUGGUGCUACCCAGAGACUUGCCCAUGAGUUCUCACAGGCGGAGAAUAAAUACUUCAUCCCUCAGUGACAUGAAUCUCCAGGAUUUACCCCUGUCUCCAAAAGAGCUGGCCUCGGGAAAGGAUGAUAGCCAUCGUGAAAAAGACAAGCCAGUGAGCCACAUUAAAAAGCCUUUAUUCCCCCCGAUAGUCAAAGCAACGAAAUAUAACGACAUGAAAUAAGGUUGC